UUAUGACUCUCAAAUUUAUUUCAUUGAAUAGCAUCCCCUUGCUGUUGCCAGUCGUGCGUUUUUAUUUAACUACUGGGUCUCCUUUUUUCUUGAGUUUCCAACAGAGGCAGACCCCAAAGAUACCCCUCUUCUUGUUUUUGGGCUGAUUUCUGGCGAAAUUGUCAGGCAACACUCAAUUGCUAAAAGGAAGAAGAGGCGGAGAUGGUGGGACCACUGAGGCCGCAGUUUGUUCUCUUUGGAUCGUCGAUUGUGCAGCUCAGCUUCUCCAAUGAGGGUUGGGGCGCCACUCUCACUGAUAUUUACCCUCGCAAAGCAGACAUUAUAAUGCGUGGAUACUACGGGUGGAACUCACGACGUGCUCUCCAGGUCCUUGAUCAAGUUUUUCCAAAGGAUGCUGCUAUUCAGCCUGCUUUGGUGAUUGUCUACUUUGGUGGCAAUGAUUCAAUCGGGCCUCACCCAUCUGGACUGGGUCCCCAUGUGCCACUUGCAGAAUACGUUGAGAAUAUGAGAAAAAUUGCGAUUCAUCUCAAGAGCCUUUCCGACUCAACCCGCUUAAUCUUCCUCAGUUGUCCACCAGUCAAUGAGGCCGUACUUCAAGCAACCUACAAUCCUAUGCUUAGUGAGAUAGUUCGAACAAAUGAGUUGUGCCAGAUGUAUUCAGAAGCCUUAAUUGAGUUAUGCAAAGAGAUGGGCAUAAAGGUUAUUGAUCUUUUCAAUGCGAUUCAGAAACGAGAUGAUUGGCUUACUGCUUGCUUCACGGAUGGGGUUCACUUUUCCGCAGAAGGGAGUAACAUAGUGGUGGAAGAGAUACUGAAGGUGUUGAGGGAAGCUGAUUGGGUGCCAUCUCUCCACUGGAAAUCCAUGCCCACUGAGUUUUCAGAGGACUCACCAUAUGACCUCGUGGCCGCUGACGGAAAAUCCACGAUAAAUGCAUCUGAGUGGAACCACUGGGAAGGUCAAUGGGAGUAGAUUGUGCGUUAGCUGUCGUCCCGCUGGAGUUGCUAAGCAAGAUGUAUGCUUCAGUUAAGAACUCAAAGCAGGGAAACUGGAAAACUUCUUUUGCAGUUGCGAAGUGCUAUUUUGUCGCUAAAAUGUUUUGUUUUACUUUGGAAGUUUUGCUGGUUGUCUCAGUUCAUGUUGUUGUCUUUUUUUUUUUUUUAAUCAAUAAAUGCACGGAACUGUGGGAAAAUUUUGGGUGUGGAUUAUGUAAAAGGCGAGUUUUUGUAUUUUGACAGGUGAUUUUCUUUCUUUGAUCUUUGGGGUAAAAUUUGGGUUGUUAAGACCUUCAA